CAGACCGAUCCGGCAAACACAUAUAAUAUAUAUUUUGCUUAUCAAAAUUUUCUAAAUUUAGUCCGUACAAAAACUGUUGACAUUAAAAUUGAUCUAAGCCAAAAAAAAAAAAAAAAACCAAAAAAUUGUCUACCAUCAAACACAAAAAAACAAAAAAUGGGUGGCCUUUCGGUGUUGCGCGGAUUUCUACAGCCGCAAAAGUUGAUGCGCACCGUGAGAAACUGCAUCCGCUUGUCGUCCUCGUUUGAGGGGUGCCAGGAGGAUCGGGAGACCAGAUGCAAGAGGAUAAUCACAAAGUUUCCGUGUGGCAAGCCGAAAAUGCAGCGCAAGAAGCCCAAGCCGAAGCCAAAGCAACGGUUCAAGUCGAUGUGGCUGAACCCCUUCUGUGAUCCGCACGAGGCCCACUGUCCGUUCAAUCCGCGCUUCGAUGACAUCUACUAUGUGGAGUCGGACAAGGCCAAGCGCAGAUACUGGCAGACCUGGGUCUCGUGUCCCCCGCUCAAGAUAAAGGAGAAGAAGAUCUGCUGCUUUGCCCAGGCCAAGGCGCCGCCAGCGAAACGCCGCAAGCAUCGCAAGCCCAAGACAGCCUGCGAACCGCCACCAUGUCCGGAUCCGGACUCCCUUGACUGUCCGAAAUUUAAGCGUCGCUGCCACAAGAAGGGUCGCAUUCCCCCCAAUUGCAUAAGCUAUCCGCCGCCCGCGGACUGCCGCAAGCCGCUGACACCCUACCCCUCGUUCUCCGAGUGUCGGCGACUCAAGCCCGGCGCCCUGCCCCUCAGCGAGUGUGCCUGCUAUAAGUCGCCAAUGAUGUGCGAGGCCUGGGCCGAGUUCCGGCUGCGUGCACUCCGUAAGAAAUAGUGCUCAGAGAUCAUAAAAAAACAAAAACAACCAAAGCAAACCAAAGCAAACCAAACAAGCGGAGGGUCUGGAGCUGUCGCAAACCAUUUUCCAAUCAAUAAAUUGCGGACUAAACAUA